AUUUCCCGUAACCAUGGCAACCAUCACGCUUCCGUCACAACACACCCAACAACAGAAAACAUGUUGACGCUCGUAAACAUCACUGAAUUGAACCUCUCUGUAUUUUCCGGCCGAUUAACCAUCUGUAAAUUUCGCGAUGAUGUGGAUGCUGGAAUCACUACGUCAAGCUGCGUUGGUGCCACCGGUGCCAAUAAGGUUUUCGUUCGACAUGCCAGUCCAGUCCAACAGGAUCAAAUUCAAUAUUUGAACAUUGACCAAAAUAUCACAGCUCUAUGCAACCACCCCCAGCAUCCUGCCGCCGUUGUCCUGGGAACAACAUCUCACUUACUCAUUUAUGACAUAGCUGAAAAUAAAACCAUCAUGAGCAAAGAGAUUGAAAAUGGGGUUGGAGCCGUUGUCAUAGGAUCCUUCGAUGACUCAGAUCAAAUGAACGUCAUUGUCGGCGGGAAUUGCUUCCUCCAGUGCUUCAACAUGGAGGGGAGUGAGCGCUAUUGGAACGUCAUGAGCGAUCAAGUAUCCGCGUUGGCCCUCAUCGAUUUUGACGGUGACGGCCACAACCAUUUGCUGGCCGGAACAGACGAUGGAAAUCUACGUCUGUUUAGAAACGGUCGCAUGACGACCGAAAUGAAAGAAACAGACGCCGUCACAUUUCUAAUAGCCCUGACCGAUCACUGCUUUGGAUACGCUCUAGCCAAUGGAACAGUUGGCGUUUACCACAAACGUAACCGCCUGUGGAGAGUUAAAUCCAAGAAUCAAAUUGUCGCUCUGGCGUCUUACGACGUCGAUAACGACGGCCAUCCGGAAUUGAUUUGCGGGUGGAGUCACGGCCGAUUCGAUGCCAGACAUUGGCAAACGGGUGAAGUGGUUUUCAAGGAGAAAUUAGAUGCCCAACAUUCAAUUGUGGCUCUACUCGUCGACGAUUGGCUUCAAAUGGGCCAUGCCCAGCUCAUCGUUUGCUCUCAACUUGGUCAAGUUUGGAGUUACCUGCCAAGCGACUUGGAAUUGACAUCGCUCGAACGGAUCAAGGACGAACAUGCCACUCAAGCGGAAGAAGAGGCCAUCCGGAGGUUAAUUAUUCGUAAACAAAACCUCUUGGCCGAGCUGGAGCACAUCCGCCACCACGCUGAAAAUUCGACAGUGGCAGAAAUAGCGGAUGAUCGAGUUCAAUUAACAGUGAAACACGACCAAGAGCACGUUUUACUCGAAUUAGAAGGAGGCGGUCUGAUUCGCGCUGUUAUUAUCUUUGCCGAGGGUCUAUUCCCCAACGGAGAAAGCCACGCCCUUCACCAGGACCCACCAACUUCUUCCGCCAGAAUUCCCCUGCCGGUGCAGCGAAACCUGGCCGUCGACUUGCACGUGAAUGUUUUACUGGAUUCACACGGCAACAAUGAACUACUUAAAGUCAUCGAAGUGGUUCACCCACUGCCGACUUUCUCGCGCUUCAAAUCUGUUACGUGGCCUUCGACGGAAAACCCUUCAGCUCUUCAUUUUCGGGUCAGAAUCCGCCUUCAGGAGCGCAUCCAGCGGAUUGGGUUUUGGAUAGCCCAGAAUUUUAUUGUGUCACCAGAAUUGCUGGCCAGCGAAUCAUCGAUUGAGUUAGCCUUCGAGGUUCUCCCGUCCCGGGCGCCUUUGAGGAUGAAUUUCCUUAAUGAAGGAUCGUUUCUGAUCGAGUCUGACCGCUUAGACCACGUUUCCGAGCUCGUUCAACAUUUGGCGAAUUUUUUCAACGUCCAACACUUGGCUUCCGAUAUUCAAAUCAGCGAUCAACAUUUGAAAAAGCUGACGGAACUCAUGGAAAGUGUUGGCGGCCAUCAAGCGGUUCGACAGCGGCUCACGGUGGACAUGGCCGAUCAGGUGAACGAAGUUCGAAAUUUGUUUUACGAGUCCGAGAACGCACGUUUGAUGAACGACAUGGCGGAAAUGAGACGUUCCUAUGCCGCCAUCCAGAGCGGAAAUCAGAAACUCGUUGAUCUGCAGAUCAUACGCGAUUCCAACUAUAGCGAAUUGAUGGAUCGCCUAAAGCAAAUCAAUCUUCACGUUCAGAAUUCUUCGAGUUGCCGGGUGGGAAAGUAUCAAACGGACGUCAUUCAAGCCAGUCGACAGGCUAUUAGAGCCGAAGACUUUGAGCAGCUCAUCAAGAUCACUUUGUACGGCGUUGAUCAAUAACCUUCGAGAAGAAAAGAAUUUUGAUGGCCUUAUGGCUUAUGUUUUAUCCAUAAAUCAUAUCCGUAGGCUACCUGUCUUAUAACCGGUUGGGGAAAAACCUGUACCUCAAUAGUUUAUUAA